AUGGCCCAACAGUUGGAGUGCCAGUUGGCAUUUAUCAAGGAGCUGCAGCAGCAGAUGGCCGAGUUAAAAGCAGCCAACAUGGCCGCGAAGCAGCCGGUCCAACAUCAGCAGGAGCAACAGCAGCAGUUAAUCGUACAGCAGCGGCAACAACAGCAGGAGCAGAGGAAGCAGCAGCGACAACAGCAGCAGCAGCAGCAUGAAGUACGAAGAAGUUCAUCAGCCACGCAGGUCGGGCUUGGGGACAAAAUGUCCGCCAAGAGGAGCAAAGUAAUACUCCCGGGAGAAAUGUCAUCCGAGGAGGAGGGAAAUACGGGCCCCGAGGAAAACGGAGUGACUUCGGGUCUGCUAAAGGAAAUAGCAGACCUGAAAAACGAAAGAGCAGCCAUGGCUCAUCAAUUAGAGUGCCAGCAACUACUCAUCAAACAACUACAACAGCAGUUGGCGUCGUUGGAAGAGACGCAGCAGCAACAUCAACAACCACAACAACAUGAAUUACAACAACAGCAAAACCUGGAGCACCAUGAAGCCAUCGAGAUGGACAGCGUGGGAUCAUCUGCAGCCUAUCCAGAAGUCAUCAUUGACGAAGGCGACCCCUUCAACUUCGUCCGGAGGAGGAAGCAGAACAAGGUUAAAGUUAAGGUUAGUGCGAAAGUUGUUAACGCUCCUAAUCAGUCUACCCCCUCCCAAGUUCCCCAACCUACAAUUUUAGGUAAGGAGUACGUGGGACCAGAGUUACCCAUGUUAUACGAUGAUAAUGACUUCGAAAAACAGCAACAAACAAAGGCCAGUAACCUCGACGAAAUGCGAGCUAAGUAUGACGAUGUCCCACAGAAAAAGAUAAUCAGCGUACUCAAACCGGGUUCCUGA